AGGAAGCUGGCGGAGUGACGUCAGGCCGGGACUGCGAGCUGCCAGCUGUGGACCCAUGGAGAGAGCUGGAAGGCGAGUGACGGGCGGGAUAGGAGCGGGGGGCAGAUCUAAUAGAAGAUUUCCGACAAAGAGCUAAUGCAUGCAGAGAUCCUUGUGUCCCAGAUUGUAGCGCAGACACCGAUGUGGGCAGACUAAGAGCGUUUUAAAGAUGGGUCAAGACAAAGGAAAAUUUGACUUUUAUAUUGGUCUCAGCCUGGCGAUUAGCUCAAGUAUAUUUAUCGGUGGCAGCUUCAUCCUGAAGAAGAAAGGGCUGCUGCGGCUGGCAAGAAAUGGCUCUAUGAGAGCAGGUCAAGGUGGUCAUGCGUAUCUGAAAGAAUGGCUGUGGUGGGCAGGGCUCCUCUCAAUGGGAGCUGGUGAAGUUGCAAAUUUUGCUGUAGCCUUUGCACCGGCAACACUUGUGACCCCAUUAGGAGCCUUAAGUGUAUUAGUCAGCGCCAUCCUGUCUUCAUAUUUCCUAAGUGAGAAACUAAACCUUCAUGGAAAAAUUGGAUGUUUGCUGAGUAUAUUGGGAUCAACAGUUAUGGUCAUCCAUGCCCCUCAAGAAGAGGAGAUUGAAAAUUUAAAUGAAAUGUCCAUCAAGUUAGCUGAUCCAGGUUUUCUGCUUUUUGCUACAGGGGUGGUAAUUGUGUCCCUUAUCCUAAUCUUUGUUGUCGGACCAAGUCAUGGCCAGUCCAAUAUAUUGGUCUAUAUCUCCAUAUGCUCUGUGAUUGGAGCGCUGUCGGUCUCGUGCGUUAAAGGACUGGGAAUUGCUAUUAAGGGACUAUUUGCUGGAGAAGCCGUCCUGAAGAAUCCCUUGUCCUGGAUCCUACUGAUCAGCCUUAUUGUGUGUGUGAGCACUCAGAUUAACUACUUAAACAGAGCUCUGGACAUAUUUAACACCUCACUAGUGACGCCUAUUUACUAUGUGUUCUUCACCACCUCAGUGCUUACCUGCUCUGCAAUUCUAUUCAAGGAGUGGCAGCACAUGACUGCCAAUGACAUGAUUGGCACCUUCAGUGGUUUUAUGACUAUCAUCAUUGGCAUCUUUUUACUGCAUGCCUUCAAAGAUGUCUCUCUUACCCUAUCCAACCUGCCAGUUUCUCUCCGAAAGGAUGAGCGGCUCCUGAAUGGGAACCUUUCUAACAUCAUUUAUGAACAUUUGAACGGUGACGAGGAGAGCCACCAUUGUGACAUUGACCAGCAGAUAAAUGAGAACACUGCUUCCCGGCGCAAUGGAAGUCUUGCAACAUUUUAAGGACCAAAAAUAUCUUCUUCACUGCCAGCAAAACCACACGAUCUUAAACUGUUCUGAUGGGGUAGUGGGUGAAUAUUUCUUAUUUUAAUUGCUUCUGACAAUUUGCUCAAUUACUUUAAAUAAUGUAUUGCCCUCUGGGUAUAUGUGGCACCAUUCUGCUGUUCCUUUUGUUCCGGACCAGCAGGUAGCGGGCAGUGUGCCUAACAAAUGUACAGAAAUCAUCCUUUUAAAAUUCCUAAGCCAAAAUAUGUUCAUAUUCUGCAGCUAUGCCACUCAAAGUAUUUAUAUUUAAAGGGGAACUUAACUAUUUCCGCAGGUGAAUUGAACCUCAGGUCUCCAUUUUCUGGUUCUGAACAGGGCAGCACUGCCACAUCACUGGUUUAUUUCUUAUGCAGGUCUGCACAUAUUUGUAUAGGAUUUGCCAAGCAGCUACCCAGAGGACACACCCCAAAGUCUUCAGUGAAAUGAAGAUUUCUAAGUGGACAUUGGUCAUCCUAUCAGAAAUUGCUUUCUUGUUGUGCAGUAGACUUUACCAACCUGAAUGGUCAUUCGGUGGCAGAGCAUGCUGUGACUUGUAGUUAUCCAGCCUCUGCAGGAGAUCCAUAUCUGUACAAGGAGGCACAGUAUGUUGAUGUUCACAGUGGAAAUUUGCUUUGAGAUGAGCCUUCUGUGAUUACUGGGUUGUCCCAUCUGGACAAGUAUGGCAUGUCUACAGGAUAAGCCAUAAAUAGGUGAGGGUCCCACCUCUGGGACCCGUUCCUAUCUUAAGAACAGGGCCCCAUCCAUGCCAGGAAUGGAGAGAAAGCCAAGCAUGCACGCUUUUUCAUUCACUGUUUUGGGACUUCUGAAAAUAGCUGAGCGUACCGAUUGGACAUUUGACAUAUCCUGUAGAUAUGCAUGCCAUAAAUAUCCAGAUGGGACAACCCCUUUAAAAGGUUUGUCUCACAAUCAACACUUGCAACAUUUUUACGUUUCUUUUACACAUUUUUGUUUUAUGUGUAUUUUUUUU